CAAGUGUCGAAAAGAAUCAUGGGAAAAUUUCACCUCCCACAAUGCUUUCGGCUUCGCCAUUUUGUGCGUUUCUUUUGUCGGCCGAAAUUCAUGGUGUUCGGUAAAAUUUUGUGUUUCAGUUGUAACCAACCUGGUUUUCAUAGAAACCCUGUGACCGAGUGUGCCCAUUCGGAGUUUCAAGAUCAUUUGUUAGUGUCAAUGAUGUAGACGAGAUAAUAAUGGAAGAAGAUUUCAUGAAAGCAGAUGAAGAUGUGUGUUUACUAACAUCAGAUGAUGAACUUUUUGACCACAAUAAACAUCAUAAUGAAGGUGACAAACAUGAUCAGACUUGUCUAGACAUUACUGCAAAAAAAAUAAAUUGUGACAUAAAUGGUCAUCACCAAACAGACGGGAAUAAACAUGAUGAAGUUGAUGGUGAGAAGCAUAGGGAGUCUAUUGAUAUUGAAGGAGAGGACAGCACACUUGGUAAUAAACAUAAGAAAGUUCAAGCAGAUGCUGAUACAAAUGGGGAUGAAGCGGAAUCAGAAGUAGAUGGCGUCACACAUGGUGAUCUGUUGGAAGUUGAUGAUAAUGAGAACACACUUGGUGACAGAUUGGAAUGUGAAGAAGGUGAUAACACACUUGAUGGCCAAUUAGAAGGUGAAGAAGAUAACACACUUGGUGACAAAUUGGAAGCUAAGGAAGAUGAUGACACACAUAAUAACCAAUUGGAAGCUGAAGACGAUAGUGAGACUCACGGAGACCAAUUCGAAACUGAAGAGGAUGGUGUGACACUUGAUGAACAAUUUCAAGCUGAAGAAGAAGAUACACGUAACAAAUUUGAAGCUGAUGGGGAUGAUGACACACAUGGCAGCCUGUUAAAAGGUGAAGAUUAUGACACACAUGAUGACCAAUUGGAAGCUGAAAAAGAUGGUGAGACUUAUGGAGAGCAGGUAGAAUCCAAAGAAGAUGAUGAUACACAUGUUGUCCAAUCGGAAGAUAAAAUAGAUGGUGAAUCUUCUGAAGAUCAAGAAGAUGGCAACACGUAUGGUGACUUUAUGGAAGCUCAAGCAGAUGGUGAAGCUGAAAUAGAUGGCGACAUUCAAGGUGACAUUUCAGGUCCUGAUAUAGAGGUGAAUACACAUAAUGACAAUAUGUAUCCCGAAGUAGAAGACGACACACAUUCCGACCAAAUGAAAGCUGAAUUAGAUGUUGGUUUUCAUUGUGACUUUUCAGAUACUGAAAGAGAGGCCAACACACACUGUGACUACCAGGAACAUCUAGUUGAUAAUGAUAACACACAUAAUGUCCAAUUAGCUCUUGAUUGUGAAGACACACCUGAUAUUCAAAUCGAAGCUGCAGUAGAUGGUGAUGCAAAAUGUGACCUUUCGGAUGCUGAAAUGGAUAACGUUGCUAAGGGUGACGGUAUGGAUGUUAAUUGUAAAGAUGAUCCACCAUUCAGUUCCCUUAUAUUUGUAGGUGAAGAUCUCCCAGGUGAAGAUGAAAAAGAUAAUGAAUUUCCUGAUAAUAAUAUUUCAACUGAUGGUUCUGCAUCCAUGUUGGAAGAUCAAGAUGAGGUUAGUGAUCAAGGCAAGGCCAAGGUAAACACAUCAGUUGCUGAAGAAGAUACAGCAGUUGAUGAGUUGACAAGUAAUAAGUCUGAUGUUGAUGAAGUACACCUAAAUACUGCUGUCAUCAAAGAUGAGACAAGUACUAAAGAAUACAAAAACAAUAUGGAUGUAGCUGAGAUAAAUUCAACAGGUCAAAAAAGUGUGAAAGAUGUUAAUGAAACAGAAAAUGAAAGUCCAGAUAAGAUUGAAACUGGUGAAGUGAAUCUGAAUAAUCAAAAAGUUAGUGAAAAUGAAAACGAAGCAAACAUUCCAAAAAAUACAUCUGUAGAAAGCACUUUAUUGCAUGAUCAAAUAGUGCCUUCAGAUGAGACAGAGUUGGAGAGAAUAAAGGAGGAGGAUGUUGCUGUGAAUAGUGAUGUUGAUGGAAAGAAAGAUGAUGUGAAGAAAGAGACUACACCUAUUGACACAUUUGAAGGAUUAAAACCAGAAUCUUGCUCUUCAAAUUCAAAAGAAUUGGAUAAAAAUGUAAUAAGUACUAAAUUAUCAGAGAGGAAAAAACAAGCAGAGAGUGAUGUCAUCUGUCUCAUUUCUAGUGACGAGGAAGACUCAGAGAAUGUACUAAAUAAGCCCAAAUCUGAAUCCUCAACAAACAACGUUAAUAAGGCUCAAUCAAGUCUCAGUGAUCUAAGCGGUGUGAAUAAUGAGGUUGCUCCAAAGAGUAGUGAUCAUCAUGGAAACACUGCCGAUCAAGGUUCAGCUAGUAAAGAUAAAACAACCAAAGAAACCAAAGAGUCUAAUGCUGCAGCAGAUGAAGAAGAAGAUAUUGUGGUGAUAGAAGAAGCGAGCUCAGCUCCUGCUAGAAAACCAGCUGGAUCUAAAUUUGCUGAAAACAAUCCUUCCACUGUCAAAAGAUGCAAGCUUUGCAAGAAAAUUUUCAAAUCUGCUGAUCAGCUAAGGAAGCAUGUCAGGGAAGCUCAUGGACUUAUUAUGAUUGAUAAGGAACAGAUUUUAAGAUGCAAAAUUUGUAGUUUCAAAGGAAUUUGGUCGGUUUUUGUGAAGCAUUUAUCAGAAAAACACCCUUCAUCUUCUCAUUUAAUUAAAGAUGUUGACAAAGAAAAAAUAGGGACAUGUAGUAUAUGUUCAUUUAGAGGACCAAAAGCACAUUUAAAUAAGCACAUGUUAGAAAAACAUCCUGGUGUUCGACAAAUCUCAAAUAGUGUAAUGGCUCCAAAUAGUUCUAGACAAGGAGGAGGCACUUCAAAACAAGAGACUGUUACAAAAGCAUCUUAUGGACUACGCCCGAGGAAAGCACCUGUGGAUUAUAGCAAUACCAAAGGAAGUCUGCCAAAGAGUAAUGCUACUGCUGUGACAAACAAAUCACCAGUGUUACCAGUGUCAUCAGUCAGCUCAACUUCUCAAAAAGUAUAUGCAACGGCUCUCAAGCAAUCCUCAACAUCAUUCAAACAUGAUGAAACUUUGUUUGCAGAACCUGUUAAAAGUUUGUCAGCAGAUGGACUAAAGAAACAAAAAGCAUUUUUUGAAAAGAUAGUUGUUGAUGGAUAUAAAAUGGGGAAGAAACAGAUUAGGUUGGAUGUUUUACUGGAAAAUUGUGAUAAAACUGUUUAUGAAUGUGCCAUUUGUCAACAAUCCUUUCCCAACUAUCUCCAGGUGUACUUCCAUCAAAAGGUGUGUUUUCCAAAUGCAGAGAAAUCAAGCCGUAUUGUUGUGUACUUACCAUUUGAAAAAAUCAUGUCACAGUUUGUAUACAAGAAAGUUGGCAUGAAGAGGUUUCUGCAAUGUCAACAUUGCAAUAAUAAAGUGAGCGCUCAGAAUGUAUCUGCAAUUAUACAAGCUUUGCAUUUAAGCGUUCACGUAGUGCCUGAGGUCACUAUAAGGACCUAUUUCAAUGGUCUUGUUGGUAAUCGAAUUGGACAUGCCCGACAGGAUUCAAAUAAGAAGGCUUUCUCUUGGGAUGAAGUGCUCAAGCCAGUUUCUGUAAACCGAUCAAGUGUAGUUUCUUCACUCAAUAACAACCUGGAUCGGUACAUAUGUACUUCGGGUCGACUUCACCAGAUGGAAAGUCGGCAUGUUCUCAAUGAUGAUCUCCAUGACUUUGGCAAGAUACAUUCCAGCAGUAGUGAUGAAGAACAGUGGGAGACAACAUAUAGGCGGAGAAAGCAUCACAAAAAAAAGAAAAAAAUUGAAUUUCUAUCUCCUAAUUCCAAGCAGAAGCAGUCACUAUUAGCAAGUGUACGUUAUAGAUUAACAUCAAAGAGAGAACAUGAAAGAGAACAACGUCUGGCAAAGAGAGAUGAACAAAAGAGGAAGAGAGACAGAAAGAAGGAUGACAGUGAUUCAGACUAUGGUAUGAAGAAACCAGCAUCAUCAAGUAUUCAAAAAUUGUCUUUUGGAAUGGAGUCAAAUGAAACCAGUUCCUUCACAUAUUCAGAGAUGAAAACAUCAGAUCAUUUUCCAAUGCAAAUUAGUGCAUCAAAUGCACUUCCAAAAACGGGACUAGCAUCUUUGUUGGCCUCACCUCCACUUCAAGCUGAAUAUGUUACAGCACAAAUACCAUCACCCUCUGAAAUUCAUUUACAGGAUGAGCUGUCUCCAGAUGAUGUCCAAACCAAUGACAAUUUCUUCCCAGAACUUGAGGUUUAUAAUGAGGAUGAGCCAAAGUGUGUUGUUCCUGAAAAUAAUUGUGAUGAUAAGACAGACUGUUUACCUGAAAAUGAUGCUGGUGAUAAAUCUUCAUCAGAGUUGCCAUCAGAAAGUUCUCUCUCAAGCCAAAUUCAAGAAGAGCCACAGCAGAAUCCUGAAGAACCUGAGGAUCCGGGACCUCUUUUAACUGAAGAAGAUCUUGCAGAGUACUGGAGGCUUUUUGAAGAGGAUGAAGUCACCCCAGAUCAAAAUGGUCAGUGUGAUGAGAAGUCUGUAAAAACAUUAGUACCAGAAACUGGUACAGAUGUAUUGAAGACAGAAGCAUCACCCUCAAUUUUUUCACUCCUCUCAGGUCUGCCAAGGGAAAAUGACAUCCUUGACUACUAUGGAGGAUCUAGACAGCCUGUGUCAAGUAGAUCUGUAGUGUUUAUGACAACCCAGCAAGUUUUUAAGUACUUCACACUAAUGCCAGUGGGCAACUCAUCUGCAAAUUUUGUCUGCUCUUUGAGGGGAUGUACUGCUACUUACUCAGCAUCCUCAGAACUGGCUGCACAUUUGGGUAGCCACUUUCCUAUGCGUGUUAUUAUACAAGAUUACCCCUCAACAUCUGUGGGCCAAGUUGUUCCAUUGUUGACCACAAAGCAAGUACUGCAGCAUUAUCGGUCAAGGCAAACAGCAAAUGAUGAAAGAUUUCGCUACUCAUGCUGUUUUAAGCGUUGUAAUGCAUCAACACUCUUGGACCAAUCUCUAUCAAUUCAUCUCGCAAAACAUUUCACUUACAUUUGCAUCGGAACUAUUUUACUUCGUAAAACUGACUUCACUGGUCAUCCUCUUCUGUCACAUUACAAUUGCUUACGUGGUGCAAGAUACGAACAUUCAAACAUGUUCCAACUAACGUGUAAAAACUGUGAUUUCUUUGUGAUCACCUAUAUAUUCAAAGGAAAGCUGGGUGAUGUUGUGGAGGCAGAGAUUUCUGCUCAUACACUGAGUCAUAACAUCAGCAGUGAAGCAGAGGAAGCCCUUCGUAAAAUGUGUCGUACUACCUCAAACAAGUUAUCUUCUGAUAAAGCCACUCUCAAAGUCCCUUUCAAAGCCCCUUCCAAACCUGCACCCAAUCCUGCUCCCAAACAUGUUACCAUAACUCAACCACGUAAGAAUCAACCUGCAACACCAGAUGUCGCAAGAAAAACAGUUUCAGUAACAGAACCAGAACUGUUGAAGAAGUUUGGAGCAACUUCCAAUGGCUGGAGAUGUCUUGUCAAACACUGUGGUUUUCUCCAUCGUGGUGUUAAAGAUCUUUUUAUAUUUGCAAACCAUCUCCGCAGGCACAUCUUAGGCUGUAAGAAGAUAAUUGUAAUGAAGAAAAAGACACCAUCUGCACCAAACAAAACGCUCCAAGGUUCCAGCACCACUGGAGCAAGUGAUAAACCCAAGCCACCUAUUGAUGUUGUUACCAUAGAUGACACAAGCGAUGAUGAAAAGAAGACAAGCAAAGUGCCAACCUUAGGGAAUUCAGAGAAGACUGAUGUUAAACCAUCAUGUAAUGUUAAAGUUGUACUCAACAAACUACCUCUCAAUGUUGCUAUUGAUAAGAUUGAGUCUAUGAAGGCCUUGGAAAAUUCUGAUAUUAAUAGUCCUGCUGGCAAAGGUGCCUCAAAAGAAUUAUGUGCUGAGACUGCAAAUGAAGGUCUAAAGCGGAAAAUUAAGGAUGAUGAAAAGUCUGUGAAAAAAACUUGUGUAGAAGAAAAUGAAAAAAGGGAUGAAAAGAGUAAUUCACCAGUGAGUGGUUCAACACCUACCAAUGGUUUGAAUGAAAAGAAUAAUUCUAGAUCAAAACGGAAAUGGGAUGAACCUGAAACACCUGGAACCAGGAAAAGCCUGCGCCUUUCAGGAACAGUUAAUGACGGUCUUGGACAAAAUUCUAAAUCACAUACCAGGGAUGCAGAUGAAGAAAUGGCUGGUAAAGACCAACUCUCAGAUAAGAUUAAUGAUGAAAAAAGCCAAGAGAAUCUUUCUAUGGAGGAUUUAAUCUCAGAACUUAAGUCGACAAAAUCGGAUCCCAUAAUCCUAUCGAUCACCACAGUGGAGAGGUUUUUCAAGCAAGAGAUUUGCAGUAAUUUAAACCGAAGUAGCGCAGUGGUCGGCACAAUGAACUUUACGUGCCUCAUGUGCGACAAGGCCGGGUUCAAAGGUAAAGACUUUGAGCUUGUGCGACACUUGGAAAGCCACAUAGGUAAAAACAUCUCACUUAAGAUGAAAGAGUUACAAGUAAAAGACACCAAAGAUGAUGAAACAGAAUCCACAAAGGACGAAUCAACUGCUAUCCACCGCACCUUAGAAGAUCUUAGAAAUUGCCCAGAUGAUAGAAUACAGAUGCGGUUUCAGGAAGUUGAGAAUUUCUUUGAUAAGAACGUGCGUCCGUCUCGUACGAAGUUGGAAUUUUCUUUUGGUGUUUUAAUGUACACGUGUAUUGAGUGUAACCAGGGAGAUCUGAAGACCGAACACCUAGUAAAACAUCUUGAGGACCAUGUUGAAAAGACCAUUAAGUUGAUCAGAAACCCAGCGAAAAGUAAUGGACCUACUCAGUCUUAGAUCAAAUCUAUCUCUUAUUAAUAACUACAGUAUUGCGAGUAUUAAGCUCCGUUUCCAGACAGUUGUUGGAAAGGUUGAACCUGGUUCAACUUUGCUGAUUGUGUUGCAGAAAAAUCAGGGUGCAUUGCUAGUUGCCCUGACACAAUCGGGAAGGCAUUCCGAUUCAUCUGCAACUCAGUCUGCAAAGUUGAACCAGGUUUGACCUUUCCAACAAUGUCGGCGACUGUUGCUGAGACGGUGAGCUAUUGUAUGGAAACCAAGCUUCUGAGUAUAGCUUUGUUAAUGUAAUAUAUUUAUAGAAAAUAAUUAAAACCCAUUUUUCACCAUUAUUUAUGUUCCAGUCUGUAUUGACUAGUAUCUCAACACCAGCUACAAUGCAACUCAUUUUGUUUUAGCACUGUGGUUACCAAAGCAACCAGAAUGCAUUGGGAGAAAUGAACCUUAGAAUUAGGCCAAUUAUAAACAAUAGAUUCUGGCCGUCUGAACCAGAUUUUCAAAUAAUGCUGUGUUUAGGGUAGCUUAGGUUCACACUAGAGCCCUAGUAUCCGAAUCGGGAGCUAACUGUUACGACUAACCUUUAGCAUUCAUGUGAGAAUGCCCAAUCGGUUAGCACUAACCGUUACCAGGAUUCGGAUACGCCAACGGUUAGCGAGUGCUAUUGGUUAGCAAGUUGAGUGCGUUUGUAUCAUUAACCAAUCACAUGUACACAUUUCCAGUUUCGUAUUGGCCAGUGAUCCCACCGUCAUCUUCUUGAUAUCUGAAUCAGUGGUUUUUUUUGUAUGAAUGCAAGGUGAGUGCAUAUGUUAUUUAUCUGGAUCCUGCUAACCAUUAGCUUGUGUGUGUGUGUGAACAUAGCCAUUGUAUUGUCUGUACAUUCCAUGUUUUUGGGAUAAAAUGCCUUAACAUAAUUUUACUAGCCUUAUAUGGUAUUACUCAUGAGCUUGUCUAGAUUGCUAAAUGUCACCUCUAAUUACAGCACUAAUAAAUAGUAAUUACAAAUCUACAGAAAAUAUCUUGCAAGUAAAAUUUUUUUUUUCUAAAUCUAAUGUAUAAAUUUAUAAAGAUGUGAAAAGUUUUUUUUAGUGAGCGUGCUAUCAUCAUAGUCUUAGGUGUAUAUAUUUUUUGAUUAAUUUUUUAAGUUAAAUAAUAAUGAUAAUAGUUUAUAAAAUAAAAUAAUGUGAUUCCAUUAUAAAGCAUAUUGAUUCAUAUCACCAGCCAAUACUUUGUCUGCACACAUAUAUAUAUUUUUUAAUCUAUUUAUAAUUAUGAAUAUACAUAAGAUGUAUUUGUUGAUACAACCAAAGAAUAUGGAACUGCAAGAGGUCCUACUCUCGUCAGUUCUUUAGAAUGUAAUCCCAUUUCAAAAAGUACUAGCACAAAGGGGCGUGUUUCGAGCAAAAUCUAUUCCAAUUCUAAUAGGGCGCCCCCAAUGUCUUGGUAGUCCUUUUUUAACGAUUCAUUUUGUGCGAACAAAAUGAGGGUCGUCGUAGCUCUUGCAAUUCCAUACUCUUUGAUACAACUAAUUUGAAGUCUGCAGAUGAUAGUAGAUCUUAUUGAGAGUACAUGAAGUUUUCAAAGGUGGCUCGAGAAAUACAGUAUGCCUACAGGGAGUCUAAAUGGAGGUAGUUUGGGGCCUAGUUACCCUCUGACCCCACCAUCAUGCAGACAGUAGAUGGUGAGGACAUUCAAUGGGCUAUACAGUGCCAUUUUACUUGGGUAAACAAAUUCAACAAGAUAUGUUUAUUAAAUGUGCUAUAGGCUAUAAGAAUUCUACUGAAUACAUUCUCAAGGGGGGCUUGAUAUUUGAUGAAAAAUCUUUAAAUGGUUGUAGCUCCCUGCCUCCAGCCACUUUUUUUGGAGACAUCAUUCCCCUUUCUAAGUACACAGUGCCAUUUUACUUGGGAAAA